CCCUCCGUCUGCACGCUGUACCAUCUGCUCAGUCACAUGGAUGCUGCUGGCUGAGCCUGACACUGCACUGUUAUUUGCAUAUGAUUACCCAGAAUGCCACAGUGCUGCUCAAGCAGUCACACACCAGUGUAUGCAAGCAGGCACCAUGGCUGCUUUUGAUCUGAAGGCAGAAAAGGAUAAAAUCCAGAGAGAGAUUGAAGCACUUGAGAGAAGUUUGGGUCCAAAUGCUGCAGCACUUAGUGUGGAUGUGUCUGACUCUGACGAUUCUGAUGAUGAUCUUGAAGAACAAUUUGAUGGCGAUUGUCAGACAGAUGAUGUCGCCUGGGAAGAUGGUGGGAGCUCGGCAGAGAUGUGCCUGCAGAUGAACCUUGUGUACCAAGCCGUAAUAGAGGAGAAACUGCAAGAACUGGAAGUGCUGAUCGCACAGAAUAAGGAGCAGCAGGAGGAGCUAAUGUGGGAACUCGCUGGUCGAAAGACUCAAAGGGCUGGAACCAAUAAACUCUACCCAUUAAAUCUGGCUUUGGGCCAUUUCAUGAAACCAUACUUUAAGGAUAAAGUCAGUGGAUUGGGGCCUCCAGCUAAUCAGGAAAUGAAAGAAAGAAGUCUCCAUAUUGUAAAAGCAUUUAAUGAACUGGUUCACAAGAAUUGGAAGCCCACAGAUGAUUUGGAACUGAAAAAAGCUAUUUUCAGCGACACAUUACAGAAGAUGCUGCAGCCCAAAAUGCUUAAGAUAGAAUAUCUCCAGCAGAAGUACGAUAAUACCAAAAACGACAUUGAGAAGAAGAUUUUAACAAAGCAGAUCCAAGAGGCAGAGAGUGAAAUGGACGAUAUCAACCAACUUAAGGAGGAUGUGUUGCUGGGACAAAGAACCGAUUCCCACGAUUGGGACAAAAUUUCCAACAUCAAUUUUGAAGGAGUUCACACCCCGGAGCGACUGUGCAAUAUUUGGCACAACUAUGAGCACCCGCACAUCAACAAAGAGGUCUGGACAGAAGCAGAGAUCGAAAAAUUGAAGGAGAUAGCAAUGGCUCAUAACUUUGUUGACUGGCAAGUGAUCGCACAGGAAUUGGGGACCCAACGGACAGCGUUCCAGUGUCUCCAGACAUUCCAGCGCAAUAACAAAGCCUUUAAACGGAGUGAGUUCACCAAGGAGGAAGAUGAGAUGUUGAAACAUUUUGUCCAGCGAAUGAGGGUUGGGGAACACAUCCCUUAUAAAAAAAUCUCUUAUUUUAUGGAGGGUCGAGACGGUUUGCAGCUCCUGUAUCGAUGGACAAAGUGCCUGGAUCCCAGUUUGAGGAAAGGCCCAUGGACCAAAGAGGAAGAUGAAAUGUUGUUAAAAGCAGUAGCUAAAUAUGGUGAGAGAUGGUACAAAAUUCGAUUUGAUGUUCCGGGAAGGAGCGAUGUCCAGUGCCGGGAGAGGUACGUCAAAGGGCUUCGUAAGGAUAUUAAGAAGGGUAGAUGGGACACGGAGGAGAAGGAUAAACUUGUUGAACUUACAGCCAAGUAUGGUGUUGGUCACUGGGCAGAAGUGUGCAAGGGGGUGCCAAACCGGACUUCAUCACAGUGUCUCAGCAAAUGGAAGCAUUUAAUAGGCUACUUUAAGGGAAGGGUGAGAAAAAAAAAGCCGAGACUAAAACGGCUGAGAAAAAAAAACCCACCAAAAUCACCAAAGCCACAAAAGCCCCCAAAGGCAAAUACGAUCAAAAAAGAGAUGGCAAGUGAUGAGGAGAUUAGCAUUGAUAGCAGUAGCAGUAGCAGUGAAAGCAUUGUCAUCAGCAGCAGCGAGAGUGAGGAUGAAGCCAUGGAGCUGAUGGACCAAUUCGGAGAAGGAGAGAUCUCCAGUUUGCUCCAGUCUGUUCCAGAUUUGGAUUUGUGGAUCCCCAGGAAAAGGAGCCCUGGUUUGCAGGGCAAGAACCUCCAUGUCUACUCUGCUGCCUCUAAUAACAAAAAGCCACCAAGAACUAAGAAAAAGAGGAAAGAGAGCACUUUUAAAUUCAACACCAUUUUGAAGGGUAUUGCCUAUCCUCCAUCCACCGACACAGUUACUGAGACCGUUGAGGACUUCCUGAAAGAGGAAGAAAAGAAAGAACAUGAAAUUCUGCAGAUUCUGGAAGAAGAUCUUAUCAAAAUUCUUAUGAGGAACACACAAGAAUGUGAAAGGAAACAGAUCCAAAGAAUAAUGCCUCCUUCAGAUUCAGAUGGUAAUCAGCACAAGGAUUCCAGCACGUCUUUGUCGCAGUUGGCUGUGACACGUCUGUACAAAGCAUCAGUAGAUCGGAAGCUGCUCUGUGCAGUGACGCGUUGGGUAGGAAAUGUGUUUCUUCCGAUUUCAACAAACCGUGGAAGGGGUUUUAGAGGAAGAACUUGGGCCGAUGAGGUCAAUAAAAAACUGAGUUGUGUGACUAUGACCAGCACUCCGAUUUUCACCCUCCUCAUUCAGUAUUUUCAGAUAGAUGCAGAAGGCUGUCUGCAGAUGAUCCAGCAGCGGAAACGUGAAGAAUCUGAGUUUUUCAAAAGGGUCAAAAACUCUACAAAAAAAACAGCCAGAAAAAUGUCAGGCUCGGCUCCGUUGUCGCCAAAGAGCAUUCUGGUACAAUCUUUUAACGACCAGAAGCCCAAUCCUGUGGUUUCCCAAAUUACAACAGAAAUUACAUCACCACCCCUACAGAAAUGUCGCCGUUCCAAAUCAACCAGAGUGAGAUCUGAUGUGCCAGCCCCUAAGAUGAAAACAGUCUCUGAAUUGCUAAGAGAAAAAAGAAUGCAAAAAAAAAUUGCCACCAAAACUGUUCAAAGCACCUCAGUAUUGUCUGGAAAUAUCCUGGUUCUACCACAAUUCCAACAUUCUGUGAACCCUACAGUACAACCCCAGACUAUGGUGCUGCCUGUGUCUCCAACUACUUCACAGAAUAACUCCUGGCCCAUUAGGCCCUUUUCUCCUGUGCCAACAUGCCAGGUUGUAACAAACAAUUCUUCUUUCAAUCGGAUGUCACUAGUCAGUGGUGGACCCAUUAGCAGACUAGUGGCAGGCCCUACAGGAAAUGUUCCAGUUCCCCAAAAUGCGAAUGUUCAAAGAAAUGUUCAGAAUAGGCUAUCGGGUAUGCCACCAUCACCUCAGCCAUUGCCUAAUCAAAUAAUCAGAGCAGUGUCCCCCGCACCAAACUUCAGUGCACUUCCCAUGACUAUUCUGAUUACUCCUCAGGGUUUGAUUUCAAUCCCAACCCAAGCUCUACCAACUUUAACCCAGCAAUCUGGAAACCAGAGCCCCCGAAUUGUAAGCACAACAUUGAAUACUGCUGCCACUGGGCCUUUUGUAACAGAAUCGUCCAACAGUAGCUUCACAAAUGCACCAUCAAAAAGUUUGUAUGUUCCAGCCCAACCUUUGCCUGCCACCACUAGCUCCAAAACCGAGCAAAGCAUUGUAACAUCUUCUUCCAUUGUUAACUUCCCUCAAGCAUCUGGCAAUCAAUUGACAAUGCUUGUCCCAUGUGAAACAUCUAGGAAGCCAUUCCAAAUCUUGCCCGCUGUUGCCAGUCGCUUAAGUCAAGACGGCACUGUGGUGGCCUCUUCAGUUGGAAGUCUACCACAGAUGGUUGAUUCUCAUUUGCCAACUAUUGCCCCAAUCAAAGUUUCCAAGAUGUCACCUGUUGCCGUACCUACUAUUACAAGUUCUUUAAGCCAUGAAGAUGUUGCUGCCACCUCUAAUAGCAGUCCAUUAGUGGCUGAAGCAUGUUUGUCUAAAACUGCCCCAUCUGAUUUUUCAAAGAUGCUAUCCCAAACUUUGCCUCCCACUACAAGUUCCUUAAGAGACAAAGGCACUAAGAAUGCCUUGGUUGAAAGCCAACCACAGCUGACUGAUUCUUGUUUGCCAACUCUUACGCCAUCCAGUGCGUCUAACACAGGUUUAUCCAGCUCUUUAACACAGGUAGACGCAACAGUAUUUUCACAGGAUGUGAGCGAAAAAAAGGAGGCCUGUUCACAUUUGCCAAUACUGGCCCUAUCCAAGCCUUCUGCAAUGCUAUCUCAGAUGGUGCCUGUUACAAGCUCCUCAAAACAGGAAGGCAUUUCUGUGGCCUCUUUAGUUACAAGCCAAACACAGCCGGAAAGCACUUUGCCAAAAGUUGCCCUUUCUCCAGGGCUUCCUGACAAGGCAAGUCAGCUUAAACUCACGCCACAAAAAUAUCCUAUUGUUAAACUAGCCAAACUUUUGCCAACAAAUCUUUCCAGAGAGGAAGCAGCAAAUGUGACAAGUGAUCCACAGCGCAAUCCUGUAUCAAAUAUCUCUAAGCGGAUCACAAACUCUCAAAAGAUUUUAGAUUUUAAACUAAUUUCUUUAGAAGAAGAGACAAGCGUGAAGGAAUGGCUUCAGGGAAAGCAAGGGGUGGAAGUACCAAAGCAAACAAUGACAAUUCCUUAUUUGCCUCCUUCUAUCUGCACUCUCAAAACUUUUUCAAGACUUCUGUUGGAGAAAAAAACAUUGGAAGAGAACGCUUUUAAAUUGUUGCCCUUUUCAGAUAUCACAGAGGUUGGCUCACCUCAAAUGCAAGCGACUGUCUGUGAUAUGGUGGAAGAGGGGCUUAAGGACAAUUUGGCCUACCAGCUUAUUAAACAGCGUUUCCUCUCUGCGUUUACCAUUCCUGGGUUCCUAGCUGUUCUUCCACCAACUCAUGUUAGUAGUAAGCAAGAGGACAGUGAUGAGGACAUUGAGGAUUUAAUGAACAGUGAAACGACAAUGGUUGAGGCUACACAUAAGGGGAAUCAUGCUGCUGCAGAAGGAGAUUCAUCGGGCAAUAUAUCUGAAAAGGACGCACCAAUGCUUGCAGAACAGGUAGGAUUAAAGGAGACAGCGUUGAUUUGCAGUACUGAAAACUCAAGCAACAUUGACAACACUGAAAGGAUAGUAACCAGAAGAAGUGUUUACUGCCGACCGGUAACCUGAAACUCUGGAAACAAAAAAGGAAGGCUUUGUAUGGUGUAGUCGUACUGCAGACUGAGUGGGCUGGACACAUCAUGAUUACUUUGGAGUUACAUUCACCAGCAAUUUAAGCUCAUUGUAUUUCUGCUGGAGUGCAGUCUGUUGACUGAAGCUGAAUCAUUUGACACUUUUGACGUUUGCCUGGGCCAACAGCCAUAAUGGGACUGAACUAGGUCUAAGUCUGUCACCUUUUCAAUUUAAGAAGUAAUGACAUCACUGGCACACAGAAGACCAAGUCAUCGAAAUUUACUAAAGGAAGAACUGUCCUUUUUUAAAAGAGAAUUUAAUUGCUGUGAGCAGUGACAGCCCUAAGGGUGACCAGGUCUAGCGUCCCUUGAAUAUUGGCAGCCAAGUAGCUGCCCAUUGCCUGAAAUGUUAGGAACAUCAGUACGAUAGUGGCUUCUGAUAAACUGUGGCAUAGACAUUAUGCCACAAAAUGGCAGCUUACUGGAAAUGCUGCACUUCUGACAGUUCUCUAAGGAAGCUUAGACUGAGGGAUCAUGUAAUUUGUAAUUGCUGACCUCAUUCUGGAAAUGCAAAGUCCCUUACUGUGUCUGGUUUCAAGAUCUCAUUACCUGCAUAUGUAUUCUGGGUCACUAUCUCAGAAAAUACUAAAUGCAGAGUACUAAAGCAACCAUCAUUUUCAGAGGGCAGGGUCUACAUAUUUCUGAGUACACAUAAAAAAAAAAAAGAAGAAAUGUUUAUUUUGUGUUGCUAAUGUAUAUAUUAUGUUUUGUUAGUUUAUCUUUAUGUCAGUUCUAUUAAAUUAAAUUUAAAUGAUGAUCUGAAUGAACUGAAGCAACCUCUUUUAGGAGACCGUUACAGAAAUUCGACAUCCAAUUCUUGGGUUCCCGAUUAAAAUUGCCCAUAGAAACUGGUUCUUAUUCUCUUGCAGCUACCACAAUGUCCCAUGUUACUCACAUGUAACUAGCGCUUUCUUUUGAUAGGCAACUUAAACAGCAGAACAUAAGUCAGUAAGGAAGAAAAGUCAGAGAUUUACACCACAGGGAAAAAAAACUUUUAUUACUAAAAGUGAAGUAUUUCUUUGACUGAAACAGAGGAUCACCAGCCAUAGUUAUAUUAUGUGAAGAAAUGCAUAAAUGAAAGAGGGACUUUUUAAGUUGACCACACAUGUAAGAAUCUAAUUGUACAAGUUCCUUUUAGAUCUCUCAAGAGCUUGUACAUUCAAACUGCAACACAUAGGGCCAACCUUGGCUGUGAUGGUAGCUUUGUCCAUUUCCUAAGAUCAGGGUGGCUGUCGGUGAUCCUGCAACCUGACAACCAUGCUGAGAUAGCCUGUCAUUGGGAUAAGGGCAUACAUUAGGGGAAGUGGGUUGUGUCUGGUAAACCAUUCUUGUGAUUAUCGAUAUGGAAGUUCACAGUGCUAAUACAUGGGCAUGAGCCUCAGGUCAACCAAUAAAAUUAUACAAUUUGUUUAGUCUGUCUCGCCAGCCAGGGUGGUGUUUUCUUUCAGGGCAGCAGCAUGAUGUAUUAUGGUCCAUUAUGACUAGUUAGGUACCCCAUAUUUAUGCCCAAAAAAAUUAAAAUAACUUUAAAAAGAAAAUUCCUUCCUAAGAGCAGAAUCAAUGGGUACCCACUUUUGCAUUAGUCAAUAAGGCUUUUUGUGUGCUGUUUUCUGAUCCUGCUUCACUAUUGCUGGACUUGCCUACUUGUGGCCUUUAGCCUCUUCCUCUGACUCCAAGCCCAAUGCUUUACAGCAUCCACUGAUUGCCCUCUUACCAUCCUCAUUCAAUUCUGGGAUAGCAAACAGAUGGAGCCUGGCCCUAGUAGAUGGAGCUUACACAAAAAGUCUGAAAUGGUGGGACCAUAGUUCAGUUAAAUCAGAAACAUGCACAAAAUAACCUUUUUGUUUAUUUUUAUUUUUUGACAGGUAUGCUUUAUGCAGCUGAUGUUGAUUUUCUAGUGCUUCAGAACUGAGCCUCUCUUUUGUUCUUUAUAUAGUAAAAAUAAACGAAAAAAGGAACAGGUCCGUUGGCUAUACAGUUCAUCAAGUCCGUUAUGUUAUGGACCAGUUUUCAUGCUUUGCUUACCUGACAAAGGUAUAAUUGUAUUUGUUGUGUGACACUGUUUCUGUUGUUAAUGUUAAUAUUUCCAUAUGUUCACCGUUCACUGUUUUCAGGCAGAGUCUGGAAAGAGAAAUUCUGCAGCACUGGCUGGUGAAAAGAUUUGUUUGUUUGUUUUGUACCUGGAAGUUGCACAGCUGUUUAAUUAAAGGGCUGAUUAAUUUUCUCAGUUACACAA